GAAGGGGAGGUGAAGAAAGGGAGUGAAGUAUAGAAAAGUGGGAGGCUGUAUGCAGUGAUAUUUUUGUUGUUUGUCGUGAGAGAAAAUAUCGCGUCGUCGCCAUCAUGUCACGGGGAAGGUUCCGGGAGAAUGAUACGGAGAAGUUCUGUAAGCUAUUUAUUGGCGGCCUUCAUUAUGUUACGGAUGAAGAAAGCCUCAAGAAAUAUUUCAGCCAGUGGGGUGAAGUAAUCGACUGUAUCGUCAUGAGAGACCCUAAUUCUAAGAAAUCUCGCGGCUUCGGAUUUAUCACCUAUAAGACGGCCGAACAGGUUGAUGAAGCCCAGAAACAUCGACCACACUGCAUUGACAGUAAAGAGGUGGAGACAAAACGUGCCAUGCCACGCAAUGAGGUUGAGUCACAACCGACAGUUAAGAAGCUAUUUGUGGGUGGCAUCAAGGAAGAAAUGACAGAAGAGGACCUACGAGAGCUGUUUGGUCCCUUUGGUGAGGUGAAGACGGUCGAUAUGGUCAUUGAUAAGAACACGCAAAAGAAAAAGGGUUUCUGCUUUGUGACGUUUGAAGAUUACGACACAGUAGACAAACUGGUAUUGACCAAGUUCUUUGAGUCAAAGGGUAAAAAAAUUGAAGUGAAGAAAGCUCUGUCCCGUGAGGAAAUGAACAAGGUCCGUAGUGGAGGCGGAUCUGGUAUGGGUAUGGGACCUGGAGGAGCAAUGGGUUAUGGAAUGGGAGGUGGGGACUUACCAAUGCGUGGUGGCGGUGGUGGUGGCAUUCGUGGAGGUCGUGGCGGCAUGCCACUUGGUCGUGGACGCAUGAACAACUGGGGACCCCAGGGAGGUUUCUGUGACGACGGUUAUGGUGGCAGUGACGGUUAUGGUGGCGGUGGCGGGUGGAAUCAGGGCGGAGGUGGGCAGUUUAGUGGUAACGGUUAUGGUGGAGGUUGGGGCAGUGGUGGAGGGGGUGGUGGAAACUUUGGCUCAAACUAUGGCAGUGACUACGGAGGUGGGCCAAUGAAACGGGGCGGCUACUCCCAGCGAGGUGCAGGUCCCUACGGCAACUUCAGCGGUGGCGGAGGAAACAGUGGUGGUGGUGGCUAUAGACGUUGAGUGAGUAUCUCUGCAUCAGGCUUAUCUCUCAAACCCUACUACUACUACUACAAGAUGCUACACAGUAUAAGGCCAGCAUGGCAAUCUUCUACAGUAAAUCUACUUCUACUAUUACUACUAUUACGAUAAAAAUGAUUUCAGUACUACUACUACAAGAUGCUACAGUAAUAAGGCCAGCAUGGCAAGUACCACAGUAAAAUAUCACAAUUAUUACCAUAAAUAUAUGCAUAUGUGUAUGUAUGUAUAUAUGUGCGUGUGUGUAUGUAUGUAUAUAUAUACACACAUACAUACACACACAAUACAGUAAUGCUGCUAUUAUUUCCCAACUGAAUGAAAGAAGACAUUCUAGAUACAGAUAUAAGGUAGUCAGCCCAUUAUCAUUGACUUUCCUACACCCCAAAUAAGUGGCAUUAUAUACAACUUCGCUGCUAGCAUACUUACUAUAAUCUUAAAUUUUAUGCCAUCUCUCCAUCUAUACUUCUACAUCUCACACACACAUAUAUAUAUGUAUGUAUAUAUGCUGUAAUACUACUAUAUUUUGUGUCUUAAUUUUUAUCUACUCUAUGAAGAAACUACGGAACAAUUUACGUAAGGACUCUAAGGCAGCUGGAUGUUAUAAAAAACUACAAACCUUUUCACUAAUACAACUGAACAUCUUUUGAGAAUUCCUUUAAGACUUUCAUUGACUUCAAAAGAAAAGGAGGAAUAUAUUGUUGUAUGUAUAUGUACAUACAUACAUUCAUUUAAAAAAAAAAAAUCUAUAUCUUAUAACAGUAAGAAACGAAAAUGGAAAAUAGAAAUCAGGAAAGAAGAGAGGUAGAGAGAAGAAGAAAAGACAAGUUCUUUAGCAUCUUUUAAGAAAUAAGGAUUUAAAAUGAGAAACGAGAUACAUUGCAACAACACCUCUCUACAUCAGUCUAUGUAUAUUGUAUAUCUAUAUUAUAUAUAUAUAUUUAUAUAUAUAUAUAGAACUCUAUAAAAUUUAAGUGGGAAGAGAAACUUUUGUAUGUAGGUGGAGAGAUAAAGUUACACACUUAAAAAAAAAACCUGUCAGACAUAUUUCCAACAUAAACUGUAUUUAAUUCUAAAUCUACUUCAUUUAACUCCUUUAUUUAGGUAAGGACACAUCUGUUAUUAAUAUCAUUAAUAUUAUAAUUAUUAUCAUCAUCAUUGUUUGACACAAUGUCAAAUGGAGGACAUGCUGGAGUUGUUUCUCCUCAGUUUGCACUCGUCAGUAAGCGUUAUGUCCUUAAACAAAGACAGUCAACUUAACUCGUUUAAGGCAUCAUGCCAAAUUAAGAAAUCAUAAAAAUUAUUAUUUCUUAAAGUAAUUAUGCCCUCAUAAAAAAAUUCUAUUAUUUAUUAUGACUACUACUAUUACAAUUAUUAUUACUAUCCUAAUAGUACAUUUUGUUUCUUUCCAUAAUUCAUGAAAUAUCUACUAGUAAGUUCUGAAUUUCCAUUGUAUAUUUUUACUUUCUUUUAUCCUCUCUAGUUUUCCAUCAUCAGUGAAUAAAAAGUAUUUGUUUGAAACCUUAAGUAGUUCUAAGUUACUCAGUAUUGUUUGUUGAUGUUUUACCCCCAACUUCAUCUCUAUGCCACACCCUUUUCCUCUUUCUACAGAAUACCCAGAUAAAUAGCAAGUGGUUGAAUGAUAGAGCAUUUCUUUGCUUGUGUGUACAAGACACAGGAUUUGAAUCUAUUGUAGCUAUGGAAGAUAUUUAUCUGCAUGCAUGUGUGUAUCUAGACUGGGCAAAUGUAAUUAUGUUUUUGUAUGGGAUAGUUCUGGUGGAUAGAUGUAGAGGUGUUUGUGUGUGACCUGGAUGGAUGUACUGGGAUGUGUGUGAGUGGAUUUGUUCAGGGCAGGUAUGUGUGUGAUAUAUGUAUACUUGUGAGUGUAAUUUAAAAUAUUUAAAAAAAAGUAGCUGGAUGUCAGUAAAGGCUUUACUAAGCUGACUUUGUAGACAAGAAGUCUAACAUGAUAUCUCAAUUGUUUGUCAUGGUGGAUAUGUAUCAUUGCUGCCUUCUGAUUGCCCAAGUGUGUGAAAGUGGUGUAAGCUGCUUUCUUAGUACUCUCUUAAGGGCUUUACUAUUAAAAUAGCCGUCAACCAAUAGAUGCGAGUAAAAUGGCUCCGGCUAAUGAGUGUUUCAAGUUCAUGACAUUAAGUAGAUGAAUGCUAAUAUUGCUUUUGGACAAGGCAACAAUCUGCUGCAGAUGACCUAUCAAUUUUAUUACUGAAACGUUUUAUGCAAGGAUGCAAUGAAGGGCUGCUGUGAGUUUGAUCUUCAAACCUGAACUGCUCAAGGAAUUAUUACAUUAUUUAUAAAGGAUGGAGGAUUAAUUUUUAUUAUUAAUUUUAAACUAUAACUUUCAGUUGUUAGUUGGCCUAUGGUCAAUGGGUUUUUUUGUUGGCUGAGGCUUUAAUGAAUAUUGUGUCUGUUUUCUGUACCACAAGUCUUUAUAUUUAAGGUUACCUGAGGUAAACCUUUGUUAGUGUGAUAGCACAGACUUCCCUUCUUUUCCAUGCUACUUCCAGCUAAGCUACAUACAUACAUACAUACAUACAUACAUACAUACACACACAUAUGCACAACCUGUCUGUACUGUAUAGUUAUACUUGUUGUUUAUAUAAAUAUUUUAUAUAUAAA